AUGGAUGUGAUUGAAUUCAUUGAUGCUGCGCGUAUGCGCCAUGAUGCACAUGUUGCUCCUUCAGAGGUAAAGGUAGAGGAGCUGCAGUCCAACAGACACAACCAUGAAUUAAAUAGGAGUACGAGGUUCAAGAAACGAAAAAUGGAUGAAAUGGCUCGUCUAUCAAAUAAAAUGAUAGGAUUCGGGGUCCCUGGUGUACCAGUGCCACCCAUGGUUAUUAAUAGAAAUCUUCCCCAUUAUAUAAGAGGUCCUCCUUACUUUUACUAUGAGAAUGUAGCACUUACCCCUAAAGGAGUUUGGAGUACGAUAUCAAGGUUCUUGUACGAUAUUGAGCCAGAGUUCUUAGACUCCCAAUACUUUUGUGCCGCUCAGAGGAAAAGAGGCUAUAUACAUAACCUCCCAACCAACAACAGAUUCCGGCUUCUUCCUAUUCCUCCUACCACUAUUCAAGAAGCAUUCCCUCUAUCAAGGCCCUGGUGGCCAGCUUGGGACACAAGAACUAAGCUCAACUGUCUGGUUACAUGUGUAGGAAGUGCUCCACUUACCGAGAGGAUAAAGAUAGCAGUCGAAAAAUCAGCUGAAAAUGAAGAGCCACCUUCACAUAUCAAGAAAUAUGUUAUGAAUCUUUGCAAAAAGUGGAACUUGGUUUGGGUCGGGAAGAAUAGAGUCGCUCCUCUUGAUCCUAGUGAAAUGGAGUUGAUAAUGGGGUUUCCAGAAAAUCAUACACGAGGAGGUGGAAUUGGAAAUACUAAGAGAUAUAAACUUCUCGGUAACUCUUUCCAGGUUGAUACUGUGGCAUAUCAUCUUUUGGUGUUAAAGAAUUUGUUCCUUGGAGGCAUCAAUGUCUUAUCACUUUUUACCGGGAUUGGCGGGGCUGAAGUGGCACUACACCGCCUUGGGAUUCCGUUGAAAAAUGUUGUAUCUGUUGAGAUGUCAAAAACUUGUCGAAUUGUUGUUCAGAGCUGGUGGGAGGAAACCAACCAAAAAGGCAAAUUAAUCCAUGUUCCAGACGUGCGAGAGGUAACUGAACACAUAUUAAAGAAGUGGAUUUCUGAGUUUGGUGGUUUUGAUAUUGUCAUUGGAGGGAGUCCAUGUAAUAACCUCGCUGGCGGAAAUCGUGUGAGCAGAGAUGGGCUUGAAGGCCAGCAUUCUUCACUUUUUUAUGAGUACUACAGAAUCCUUCAAUCUGUCAGGCACCUCAUGAGGGCUUCAUAA